AUGCAGCGAGGCAGCAGGUUAUUUAACCAUGGCCUUUGGCCUGAAAAUUCAUACAAAGAUUACAUGGAGAGGUUCCAGGCGCCACCACUAAAGAGAGAAGGGAUGCCAUGGACAGAAGAAGAAGAUAAAAAGCUGCUGCAGCUUGCGGAGAAAUAUGAUGCUAAUUUCGGGGACCCCUGGCUAUAUAUAAGCUGGGAAAUGCAAAGGGAGAGCGAAGACGUCCACCGGCGGUAUAUUUCAAAAGUUAUAUUACCCCAGGGUUUACAAUAG